CGCAUGCACACCAUUCUUCUGCUGCAGGCACACCGGGCGGUGUACCUGCGAGUCCAAUCUCUCCAGGGGCAUUCCGGGAAACUUUUUGAGGCCCCACGUGCCCUCGUUCCGCCGCAAUUAAACUAGGGCUCGACGCCGUAUGAAUCUGCCACAGAGGGGGAGUAAAUACUCCUGAACGCACCAUCGGCAUCCCACAGACGCAGGGCACCCAAAAGUUGACGAGCAAAGGGAAACAGUAGCGCUAGGCUAGAGACGCCGCCCCCGGACUCCCUUCUCCAGAAGCUCCCAGUCCGAGCAUCUGCCUAGAGCGGCCGCGGAGACAAAGGCAGGCAAUGGAUCAGCACGGGGAAAAGGAGGCGGAGGACAAGUUCCAAGAUUCGGCGGGGCAGCGCCAAGACGACGACGCGGCGGCGGCGGCGGCGGAGGGCCACGCCGAAGAAUCGGUAGGUCCGCGCGCAGGGUACAAAGCGGAGGAAUCGGCGGGACUGCUCAUCAAGGAGGUGGUGAGCUCCGGAGAAGCCUCGCCGGCGCUCUUCGCGCACCCGUGCUCGCUGCUGCUGCUCCUGCUCCGCGCCUGCGCCGGCUGCCUGGGCUUGCACGGCUACUGCGGCAGCAGCGACCGGCACCCGAAGCCGGCCGCUGUCGCUGCACCGGACGCCGCGGCGGCGGCGGAUCCGUCGCAGGAAGGAGAGGGCGGCGGCGAGAAGGCUAACUUCUUGUUCAUGCAGGAGGAGGUGGUGACCAGGGUGUGGGCGGUGAGGAGGCCGCAGCCGCCGGGCCGCCGCCCGAGGGAGGGCAGCGGUGGCAAUGGCGGAGUACACCACUAGACGUCUUCUCCAUCCAUCCAUCCAUCCAUCCAUCUGCAGGAGCAGACAACAAGCCGGUGGGUGAUGAAACGGUGACGCCUCGCCUCCGCGCCGUAUUUUAUUUGUUCGUCGAAUCUGUGGCUGUCUACUUCCAUGUACGUAGCAUCUUUAUUUAACUUCGUACAAAGUAGUAGGUGUGGCUAAGGAGUUCAUGUUUGCGUAGGCUUGAUCAUCAUCUCUGAUCCGAACUUGGAAUAAUAAGGCUCUGAAAGUGGUGUGUAGUUAUCUGUGCUUGCUUAAGCUGCGAUACCUGAUACGGGCAUUUGCUAAGCAUCGUGCGUGGGUGAUAGAGAUGUUCGUCUUCAUAUCAUAAUUUGUUGCUGGGUGGCGACCUUCGUUUUUCUUCUUA